CUUGGUCUUAUCAUUCCUGCCCUAUAGCUAGACAGCCACCCUGCCAUUUGACGUCGUCGCCAGUGCAGCGCUGCAUUCGCCUGCUCAACAACCUUAACUAUCGCUAUCGCGCGGAGGACGCUGUCACGGUCGCUAACUGCUCACCACCUAGACGAAAGCAUGGAUCCGCGACGGCCAGGUCGCACGCCCUCGCCAGGGCACCCGCUGCAGAACUACCAGCUUGACGACUAUUCACAUUCGCAAGCCGGCCCGCUAGAGAUUCCCAUGGGACCUGGGCCUGGUCCCGGCACGCCAGGCGACAGGCUCCAAAUACAGCCGAGUUAUUCGGUGGAGAACAUACCGUACGGAGCGACCGACUACCACGACGAUUACACAUCGCAUCCGCAGCCGCAUCGUCAGGACAGCAAUUACUCGCUUGAUCCCCAGGCGCAUCACGAUGCGUACUACAACCCGCCGUACGAUCCCUCACCACACGACGAGAGCCCGCAUCCAUAUGGCUCACAGCCCGACCACUACUGGCAAGACGAUGACAGGCGGCCUAUGAUAGGCGGUGCGAACUCGUACGGGCCAGAUCCGCAUGACCCACUUGACCACGAUGAAUACCACCCGGGCGACGACAGCCACCUGCAAGCCGAGAACCCGUUCCACGACGAGCCGCAGCCCACUCCGAGCCCUGCGCCUAUAAAGCGAUGGAAGACGGUGAAGGAGGUCCAGCUGUUCAAAGGAAACCUGGUGCUUGACUGCCCAAUUCCGCCACGGCUACUCAACCAGGUCCAGCAUGCACAGCCUCCAGAGCGCGAUGAGUUCACGCACAUGCGCUACUCAGCCGCCACGUGCGACCCUUCUCAUUUCGACGAGGAGCGCUUUACACUGCGGCAGAAGCUCUUCGCAAAGCCGAGGCACACUGAAUUGUUCAUCGUUAUUACCAUGUACAACGAGGAAGACGAACUGUUUGCGCGGACCAUGAUCGGUGUCAUCAAGAAUAUCGAGUACAUGAACUCGCGGACAAACAGUAAGACGUGGGGCAAGGACGCCUGGAAGAAGAUUGUGGUGUGUGUCGUCAGCGACGGACGUGCUAAGAUCAACCCAAGAACGCGGGCCGUCCUAGCAGCGCUCGGUGUCUAUCAGGAUGGCAUUGCCAAGCAGCAAGUCAACGGCAAAGACGUGACUGCACAUAUCUACGAGUAUACUACCCAAAUGACCCUCGACAUUAAAAAGGGUGUGGUUGGUGUUAAAAAGGGAAACACACCUGUGCAGAUGCUUUUUUGUCUGAAAGAGAAGAACCAGAAGAAGAUCAAUUCGCACAGAUGGUUCUUCCAAGCAUUUGGAGCGGUGCUAGAUCCGAACAUUUGCGUGCUUCUGGAUGCUGGAACGAAACCUGGCAAAGACUCUAUUUACCACCUAUGGAAAGCGUUCGACCUGGAGCCCAUGUGCGCCGGCGCUUGCGGUGAGAUCAAAGCUAUGUUGGUCCACGGAAAGAAGCUACUGAACCCGCUUGUUGCGACGCAAAAUUUCGAGUACAAGAUGAGCAAUAUCCUGGACAAACCGCUGGAAUCCGCAUUCGGAUUCAUUUCUGUGCUUCCGGGCGCUUUCUCUGCGUACCGCUACGUGGCUCUGCAGAAUGACAAGACUGGCACCGGACCCUUGGAGAAAUAUUUCCUUGGUGAAAAAAUGCACGGUACGGACGCUGGUGUGUUCACGGCCAACAUGUAUCUUGCUGAGGAUCGAAUUCUCUGCUUUGAACUCGUCUCCAAGAGGAACUGCCAUUGGAUUCUUCAGUACGUGAAAUCUGCCAACGGCGAAACUGACGUCCCGGUUGAGAUGGCCGACUUUAUUCUGCAGCGAAGACGAUGGCUGAACGGUUCUUUCUUCGCCGCUGUAUACGCCCUGGCCCACUCUUUCGACAUCUUCCGCAGCGAUCACUCGUUCCUUCGAAAGAUGAUGUUCCUCGUGGAAUUCUUGUACCAAACUAUCAACAUGCUCUUCGCCUGGUUCGCUCUCGGUAACUUCUUCCUGGUUUUCGCCAUUCUGACCAAGUCACUUUCCUCAGAAAUCGGAACAGCUGGAAAGGUCCUCUUCAUCGUCUUUGAAUGGUUAUACAUUGGUGUUCUGAUUACUUGUUUCAUCCUUGCCCUCGGCAACCGACCACAAGGAUCAAAUCGAUGGUAUAUGAGCAUGGUGUACUUCUGGGCGAUCAUCAUGGCCUAUCUCAUGUUCGCCUCGAUAUUCAUCACCGUCAAGUCGGUCCAAAAGCAAAUAUCCAACAACAAUGGGUUCAAUGUCGCCGACAUCUUUGCAGACAAAAUAUUCUUUACCUUGGUGGUAUCGCUUGCUUCGACGUACCUCAUGUGGUUUAUCGUCUCGAUCCUCUUCCUUGACCCAUGGCACAUGUUUACGUGUUUCAUCCAAUACCUUCUCAUGACGCCGACCUAUAUCAACAUCCUCAACGUUUACGCCUUCUGCAAUACGCACGACAUUACCUGGGGUACCAAGGGUGACACCAAGGCCGAGAAGCUGCCCUCCGUCACAACGAAAGCAGAUGGAAAAGCCGAGAUUCACGCCCCUACCGAUGACGCCGAUCUCAAUACCCAGUACGAAUCGGAGAUCCAGACUUUCUCCACAAAGUACAAAGAGCCGGAAAAGAGCGUGUCGGACUCGGACAAGCAGGAAGACUACUACAAAGGCUUCCGUUCAGGUGUUGUUCUGUUCUGGAUGUUUUGCAAUCUGGCACUUUGUGCGGCCGUGCUGCAGACGGGUGGACUGGAGGUUACGAUCAGUGAUGCGAAUGAGGCGGCACAGAAGAAGACCCAAGCAGCAACAAUCUAUCUCGCGGUCGUGCUGUGGAGCGUGGCAGGUCUGUCUCUUUUUAGGUUCAUCGGGGCGAUGUGGUUCUUGGUUGUGAGGAUGUUCCGCGGUGUGUAAAAUAGAGGUGUCUUACGCUGGGGCUUCACAGUCCUUCCUGGAUGUCUCAGUAGCUGUUUGGAUACUUUGCUGGACUGGUCUCCAGUCUGCACAGGUCUGUGUAUCAUGUCGUUUUCAUUAUGGCGUCGAUUGAUGUCUUGGAUACGCCUGUUGGGGUAUGAUGACUAGCGUGCAUGCUUUUGAUACCAAUACCAAUGAAGUGCGUU